AACCAACUUUUCUAAGCUCCCCGUCAAUCCGCCAUGUUGCAGUCGCGUGAACUUCUAAAAAGACCUCUUGCAUUGUUGCAACGGAUCAACCAAACCUGAGUGAUGGUGUUAUUCGAUCUACUGACGAUAGCUGGAAUUCCCACCGCGGUUGGCGCAAGCGAAGCAGUCCACCAGCAAGAGCUCCUAGACGAAGAAGCAGAAGCGCCAGAGCGCCAGGAGCCCUUCUACCUAGACGUCUACUGCUCCGCACAAUCGCGGAAGAAAGAUGAGGUCCACGGCGCCAUAAUCGUGCUGAAAGACGGCAAGCUCCGCCUAUGGCCCAAGAACCCCAAGACCGGCCUCCCGAAACCGGGUCCUGAUGGCGGCGACGCUCCACAUCCCUUCACCGGCUUUUUUCACCCCUUCCCCACUGAAGACCUGGACCUCCCGCACCGCCCCAUGCCCGCACCGCCGCUGCUCGGGCUCGUGAGCACGAUCCCCUCGUCAAAUAAAAAUUCAAAUGCCAUGCGGCCGAAACUCAACUGGAUAUACGCCGACAGCGAGACGCGCGAGCUGAAGUACGGGCCUAGGGCGGAAGCUAAACAGCACACGGUGUGCCCGUGGGACUGGACAGAGGACGAGCAGGGGCUGACGUUGGAAGACGAGGAGUGCUUGGUUGCGGUGGAGGAAAAGAGUGGGGAGUAUGGGUGGGCUGUGUAUUGGGAUAGGGAGGAUGAUCGGUUGAAGGAGUGGGGGGUGCUGGAGGAUCAUAGAGUGCUGAGGUGUAGUCUUGAGCGGAGACUUGUGGAUGAGAAGGAGAUGGGGGGAUUGAAUGAUCUGUGAGCGUCGUUGCCCGAGGAGAUGUACGGCGUAAUGUGCUGGUUUCAAGCUGCGAAUUUGAUGGAUGCAAGCUUUAUAUUUAUGAAAUGAACGAUGCUUGGUUGCUGAUGAUUGCAACCAAUUUUAC